GGGUGUUGUUACAUGUAUUGGCGGCCAACGCAGCAUUUAGGGUUGCUUGCCCUUCCAUACCCUUCCCCGCCAAAACAGGCAGGGAAGAAAAGUCUGCGGUUCCGCGUCUCUUUGCUUCCCCCCUAAGAGAUCGCGACCUAACACGUUCCAAGGCUAAUUUCCAACCAUACCAUAUCGGCUGUUCGAGUUCUUUAAGAAUAUUCUAAUGGAACUGCCAGCAUGGAAUAUGUGAUUCGGUUUGCACAGACUCACGAGACCUUUCGACGGGCGGAGAUCGAGGCGCUUGCUACUCUCGCCGGAGUCGACUUAGAAUUUGUCUGGUAUGAUAAAUAUUCGCCAUUUUGCGUGGUCAAAUUUCCAAAUGAGGAGUCAGCACGCAAGGUCAUUUCGCGUAGCGUUCUCACCCAAGAGGGAUACGAGCUCUGGGGCUCUGGAACCAGCUAUGCGGAACUCCAUGCCAACGUUAAGCUCAGGACAGAACCUCGCUGGAAAGACUACAAAGAUGUGUCCUUUAGCAUAUCCGUAGACAGCUUCGGCGCCCGAAGGGCUCAGGAAGAGAAAAAGGACCUUAUCGAAUCCUUCUCAUAUCUAGAUUUCCAGGGACUCAUCCUAAUGAAAAACCCAGAAGAGAAAUUUGCCAUCUUGGAAGACUAUGUGGGAGAGGAGGAGACUUCCGACAUGAAAAAGGCCGGUAACCCUAAAGAUCAACCAGACCACCAGACACCAGGCAAGAAACCGAAAAUUUUAAAAAGGAUUUAUUUUACACGUUGGCUGUGUCACAGCAGUCGCGAGAUAGCUACACAAUACAACUUGAAAAAGAGAAAUUAUAUCGCUACGACAUCCAUGGAUGCGGAAUUGUCUCUGGUCACGGCAAAUAUGGCUCUUGCUGCCCCUGGAAAGAUAUUCUUCGACCCUUUCGUUGGCACUGGAAGUUUCUUGGUUGCAGCAGCUUACUUUGGAGCUAUGACGCUUGGGGCUGAUAUUGACGGCAGAAGCUUUAAGGGGAAAGAACCAGUCACGAACGACAACCCUAUCGGCGUACUCUCAAACUUCAUUCAGUAUGGUACCGAAAGCAAAUUUCUGGAUGCCUUCACGUCAGACCUCACGAACACCCCUAUCAGAGAUGUACCUUUUCUUGAUGGCAUUAUUUGUGACCCCCCAUACGGUAUACGAGAGGGCUUGAAGGUUUUAGGGAGCAGGGAUGGGAGCGUGAAGAAACCAGUUUAUUAUAAUGGAAAGCCAGCCCAUACACAACCGGGCUGGAUACCAACUAAGAAACCGUAUGGUUUCGUGAGCUUGCAACACGACAUUCUAUGUUUCGCCGCCCGGACACUGGUCGAAGGAGGUCGAAUUGCAAUGUGGAUGCCUACAGCUGAUGAUCAGGAAAUCGAGUUGAUGAUCCCGACACACCCAUCUCUGGAAAUCGUCAAUGUGAGUGUCCAACAAUUUCGUGGCUGGGCACGGCGUCUUCUCACUUAUCGAAAAUUACCUGGUGGAGAGGUUUCAUCAGACACAAGAAUACAUCGGGCCACAGAUGAUCCAAAUGGCGUGACGGCUGACGAUUUGAACGAAUUCAGAAGAAAGUACUUUCAACCAAAUAAACAGAAGCCCAACAAGCAGUGCAACACAAGACACUAGCAAGUUAAUUCUUCUGGCGAAAAUAACCCUUAGGAUGUCAAUUGUUAUAAUAAAAUGAUUAAGCCUCUACUUAUGAGCAAUCGAACCUCAGUGUAGGAAAUGUUUAGUAAUCACAUGUCAACCAAUCACCGCAGAGGAUUCCUUAGAUGCUUGGCUCUCAUUGGUCAGAUCAGCAUACAUUCUUGUUGCCCAACAACAACAA